GAUUGGUCAAGCCUCAGGCAUCCACGGAUUGGACAACGUCCCCGGGAAAGUGAUUUUUGAGAACACAACAACAUCCAAGCACUCACUCACACCAGCAAAGCCACCUGCGUGUUCGAUGACUUCUUCCUGCUAAGACAUGUCCUAGAUCAUAUUUCACAGUUGGCCAGAUUCGGCUUUCUCACGUCUCGAACGACUCCCCUCUCCCCCCCCCCACCCCCUUCCGUAUAUCCGGCAUACCUCAAGUCCCCCAUACCCUUGACCGGACUGACCUCCGAAUUUACUCGCGUUCAAGUAUAUAUAGCGCCAGAGACUGUUCUGGUAUCAUCCUUUCCUUUUCUUUUACCAAUGCCGAGGGCCAGUACGGCCCCCGGAUCCCGACUCCGGUGUCGAAGAGCGUGCGACAGUUGUAAGAGGAGGAAACAAAAAUGCAACGGAGAGCAGCCAUGUACGAUAUGCGUUCAGCGCCGCAAGGAAGCGGAGUGCCACUUUUCGGACAAACCCGCGCGGUUACUCAGGCCGAAUAGCAAUCCCAAGGAGACCAUGCUGCUGAGCGAACACAUGGUGCCCACCCCGCAGCGACAAACCGCGAUGGAGCAUCUCCUCAACUCGCUCGAAGACCAAAGCGCGACUCUCGAACAACAAGCAACAGACGAGGAUAAAGAUGGCGCCGCGCCCGUGCCCAAGGUUGCGCGGCUGCUCCGCGAUGGCCAGGGAAAGUUUAUGUAUAUCGGCGAUUCUGCGAGCUUGUCGUUUCUGCAGAGCGUGCGUCGGAUCGUGUCGUUGUCCAUCGGUCGCUGUGAGUUUACCGAAGAUUCCUCGCGCCAUUCCAUGCUGGAGGCCUUCCAGUGCAGCUCGACCACGCAGAUGGGGCCCUUGGUUCCGCCACCGAGCAACGACGAGGCCCAGCGACUCGUCCGUCAAUACAUGCUUGCGACCCGCCCAUUGCUGGAUUUAUUCGAUCUCGAAGAAUUCCACCCCCGCCUGGCCAAUUGGAUUGGAAAUCCAACCGGAGAUGAGGAUACGGUGAGCUCGAUAUUUUACCUAGUUCUAGCCAUUGGAGCGCAGGUAUCGGAUACCAACCAAACCGUACCGGAGCAAUAUUUUGUCAGCGGCCGGCAGCUGGCUUUUUCGGCCUUCACGGAGACCCCCAGUCUCUAUACUAUUCAGUCCUAUGUGCUGAUUUCCAUGUAUAUGCUCGGCGCCUGUCGUCGGAAUGGGGCGUUCAUGAACCUGGGCAUUGCGUUACGCGCGGCCUAUGCGGUCGGGAUCCAUCGCAAAGACGCCAACGCGCUAUUCUGUGACCGGGAGCGACGGGCUCGAGAACGCGUGUGGAGGAGCCUCCGCAUGAUGGACUUGUUUCUCAGUGCGUCCUUGGGACGUCCCCCCGCGACAUCGGAUUUUGAUUACGACGUACGGGAGGAGGAGGAUACCGUCCGAAAAGACGACCACCCUGACCUUCCACGAAGCGAGCCGUUAUCCUCAACCGUCGUCUCCCUCGCUCGCAUUUUUGAGCGAAUUCUCACCGAGGUCUAUAUGCGACAGGUGGUCUCGAUCCACGUCGCCGAAAAUAUCUCGAACCAACAUCGAGCCUGGGUCAAAAAUCUCCCGGCUGUCCUCCAAAUGCAGACCGAGCGAUUGGAUUCGCAGCGCUUAGAGGAGAGCCUCGCCGCUGCCCAGGUGCUCGGCUCAUAUUACUGGUCGAUCAUUCUUCUAACCCGUCCGUUCCUCAUCUUCUGGGUGUCGCAGUACGUCCGGAACAAACAUGAGGCCCCGGACGGCAGGAGUGGUGGCACUUCUCGUAUUUCACUUUUUGCCGAUGCCUGCGUCUACUCCGCUUUGCGUGGUCUCAGCAUUGUCGACGAUCUGGUGGCCCGCUAUACCACCGCGCUUCCGCGCCGGCUACCAUUUCUCAUCAACUCGGUCUUCAACUCGGCCGUGGUGUUGGGGGCGGCAUUUUUCGCCGAUUACGACAACCUCCUCCCGCUAGAGGAGGGGUUGAACAAGGCCGAGAAGUUUCUGGGGCUCUUCGUGCCACACGACCCCCACGCCUGCCGCUUUUUCCAGAUCAUCAAGUAUCUACGAAAUGCGGUGACCGAGUACGUCCGCCGACGGAACCGCCAAUGGAUGGAACGACGCAGUCGCCAAGUCGAUCAGCUCUUCGGCCAGGUCGGCCCAGCAAGUGAGCCCUCGCCUGCGGCCGCGGACACCAUGUCCUCGCGGCGCCACCAAGCAGAAGCCGCCACCGUCCCAUCGCCUCUCUCCUCUCCCGAUAAAUUCCCCGCAGGCGGCGGUCCUCUGCCUCCCCAUCACCAUGAUAACAACAUCUGGGAUGCGCUGUGCGGUGCCGCAGCCACUGGAACUUUGCCGUAUGACUCGGCCAUUUCUACCCUGACCACAACGGGCAUUCCCGUGGGCGGUUCUCCUCCUCCUCCUCCUCCUCCUGGAGGUCCUGUACCCUCCGGCAUCAGAGUCGAGCCGGGAGGGCAAACGCCUCUUUCAGAUAUGGUUCUGUCAGACAAUGGCCUCUUGUACAUGGCUGAGGAUCUCCCGGUCUUUGGCCUAUGGGAUGACACUUGAUUGUUAUGCGUCCCUAUCCUAUAUUUUUGAUGGUGCUACGACUAUUUAUGACUUUCUUUUGUUUGGGGUGGCCCCGGGCCACAUUGUGUAUAGGAGUAUUAUAUAUGUAUGUAUAUUUGAGGUCAGGCUUGUGUUUAGCACUCCUUGGGAAAUAUAGUAAUGUAAUCUAGUAUGUGAACACCUUAAACCACACACACACACACACACACACAAAUAUAUAUAUACAGACACAAGUACCUUUAAAAGAAA